UUCAUCGAUUCGCUUGCCAGCGGGGAUCAUCACAUCCCUUACACAGCAGUCUAUAAGUAACUCCAAGAAAGUCAGCGAAUACUAAUACUCGCCCAGAAACCCUUCAUAAACUCCUUUGUAUCACUCCUUGUGGAAUAUAACCUGAGACACGGUUUGCAAUGGCACACAUCGCAGUCUCCCCCACCGUUUUUGUUACCGCACCUAACACUCUCCACGAUGUCAUCGCUCAAGCUGUCGACCGAUAUCCGUUACAUGAACUUUGUUUCAUAUCCUCCUCGGCACGUGACUCCUCCAUUCGGACGAAGACCUUCAGCACGUUCAACCAAUAUGUUCGCAACCUUGCACGGGCCAUGCUCGAGUGGGGGAAACCCACAGGCUCGAUUAUAGUCGUGUACCUGACGGAGCACCAAGAUAAUAUGGCUGCUGUUUGGGCGUGUAUGCUGGCUGGCUAUCUGCCUUGCUUACAGCCCGUGCUUAGCGCUCAACAGGCGCACAAGGAGGGCCAUAUUGCGCAUAUUAAGAACUUGUUUGGGUCUGCGACUUGGCUGACCCACAAGACUGGGGCUAAGCAAAUCGCUUCCAUUCCUGGUCUGGAGGUUCACCUGUUCUCUGAAUUAAAAUCAUUGGGGGAGAAAUUUACCGUUGCAGCUGACUGGGUUGCAUACGAGGCUAAGCCGGAUGACGAUGCCAUGCUAUUCCUGACCUCAGGGUCAACUGGGUUCUCGAAGGUGGUCGUACACACGCACCGUACCAUCCUUGCCGCAUGCCGUGCCCAGGGACAAAACUAUGGUCUAACCUCCGAAUCUCGAGUCUUGAAUUGGCAGCGCACCGACCUUUUCGGGUGCUUGGACCUGUCCUCUAUCAAGCGUAUCAACAGCGGAGGAGAAGCUAUCGUUUCCAAGACCGCGCAAGCCUUUGUGACUACGAACCCCUCCGCCGUGUCCUUCGUGAUCGCCGCUGGAUUUGGAAUGACAGAAACUUGCGCCGGAUGUGUUUACAACUACCCUGUGGAUAUCCUCGCAACCGAGCCUGCUUGCGAGUUCCUUGAUCUCGGUCGUCCCAUCAAUACUUGCGAGAUACAUAUCGUAGACCCCGCAGAUGGGGUCACCCUGCGCCCCGACGGUGAGAGCAGCGAGCUUCAGAUUCGGGGACCGAUGGUCUUCGUGCGCUACUACAACAAUGCCGAGGCUACGUCCUCUAGCUUUGUUGAGGGCGGUUGGUACCGUACCGGAUAUAUUGGCAUAGUCGAGAAUGGCGUGAUGCGCCUCGGCGGUCGCAUCAAGGACACCAUCAUCGUCUUUGGCGUCUCAUAUGGUAUCCCUGAGCUCAAAACCAACCUGCAGACAAUUGAAGGGGUGACGCACUCGUUCCUCGCUGCUGCUCCCUACCGCGCUCCUGGGCAGGAAACUGAAGGAUUCGUUAUUUUCUACUCGCCAUCUUUCGACCUCGAUGGAGAAGAUGCCUCCACCAAGCUCUACGCCACGCACCGGGCCCUGCGGGAUAUCUGUGUGAAGAUGAUGGCCCUGCCCCCUCAGUUCAUCAUUCCCAUUCCUGUGAACCAGAUGGAAAAGACCACUCUCGGGAAACUAUCUCGUGCGCGUCUGGUGAGCCUGUUCAAGCAAGGCCAAUUUGCGAAGCACGUCGCCCGCUCUGAGGAGCUUCUAAGCGAGGCUCGCGGCUUUUCCUUCGUCGCUCCGUCCACCGAGACAGAAAAGGGAGUUGCUAAGAUAUAUGCUGGCAUCUUCAAUCUCGCGGAAAGCGAGGUGUCGGUGAAUGACAACUUCUUCGAACUCGGCGGUACUUCCAUUGAUGUCAUCAAGCUCAAGCGUGAGGGCGAGGCAUACUUUGAUUUACCUGAGAUGCCUACCACGCAAAUCCUCAAGAACCCCGUUGUCUCGAGCCUGGCCAAUUAUGUCGACACCUUGCUAUCCAAGGGCAGCCAGACAGAGGAGUACGACCCCAUUGUUCCCCUCCAACUUACUGGAAAUAAGACACUGAUAUUCUUCGUUCACGCUGGUGUUGGAGAGGUUCUUGUUUUCGUCAAUCUUGCCAACUAUUUCCAGAAUGAGCGUCCCUUCUACGCGCUCCGUGCUCGUGGCUUCGAUGCAGGCCACACCUUCUUCACCACCAUGGACGAGAUGGUCUCCUGCUAUGCCGCAGGAAUCAAGAGGACCCAGGCGACGGGACCUUACGCCAUUGCGGGCUAUAGUUACGGCGGUGUUAUUGCAUUUGAAAUCGCCAAGCGGCUCGAGGCCAUGGGCGACGAAGUAAAGUUCUUCGCCCCAGUCAACAUUCCUCCUAAUAUCGCCAAACGCAUGCAAGAGAUUGAUUGGACCGCCGCCUUGCUCCACUUGGCGGGCUUCACUUGGCGGGCUUCACUGCUCUCGAGGCAGGAGCAGCUCGAGUUCGUGUUGAAGCUAUCGCCUCCUGAGCAUAUCGCCGAGCUCCAGCUGACGCCCGAGAAGCUUGACAAAUGGGCGCACCUCGCCAAGUCUCUCAGCGAUUGCGGACAUGGCUAUGUCCCAACAGGCUCAGUUGCCGCCAUCAAUGUUAUGCAGACUACUGCCUUUAGCGGAUCCAAGGUUGACUGGAUCAAUAACCAGCUCAGGCCAUGGUCUGGUUACAGCCAUCGCGCGGCGUGGGCUGACUUCAGCCGUGCCGAGGCAUCAUUUACUGAUGUGCCUGGUGAACACUACACCCUCAUGAACUUGGAGCACGUCCCGCAGUUCCAGAAGAUCUUCCGCAGCCGUCUUGAGGCUCGUGGGCUGUAG